AUGGCUAAGAACAGGAGGAGCUCCGGCGUGGGGUCUUCGGAUCCCACCGGCGCUGCUGCCGGGCUGUCUAGAAGCGGCAAGCCUGGAGGCGUGUCGGGCCGGCUGGUGAACGUGUUCGAGCAGCUGUGGAACCGUCGCAAGUUCGACAUUCUGGGUCGCAAGGUCAAGGGCGAUGUUCGCGCCAAGUCCAUCGGCAAGGCCAGGAGCGCUGCCGUGGAAAAGAGGAAGGCGACGCUGCUGCAGGAGUUCCAGCAGCGCGGCAAGGCGAACCUGUUUCUGGAUCGGAGGUUCGGCGAGGGCGACGAGUCCAUUCCCGAGGGCGAGAAGGCCAUCGUGCGGUUCCAGAAGGAGCGCAUGGCCCAGCUGAGUCGCAAGAACCGGUUCUCCCUCGGGAACGACGACGAGAGCGAAGACGACGACGGGGGGGACGACGACGGAGGCGGAGGAGGCCCGGGGAGGCGCAGCAGCAGGCGGGCGGCUGCGAGUGAGGACGGCGACUUGCGUCUGACGCACGGCGGGCGAGACAUUGACGACUUUGACGACUCGGACGUGUCUGGCUUUGGGGAGGAUGAGGAUGACGACGAUGGAGCACUGGGCGGUCAGAUCGUGAGCGAGUAUCAUUUCGGUGGUGGCUUCGUCCCCAAGGCCAAGUCGGCCACAGACACACAUCUUGAUGCAGCAACAGAGCAGGGGGAAGGGCGAGAGGAGCGACAGAAGACAAAGAGGGAGGUGAUGGAGGAGGUGAUGGCGAAGAGCAAGCUGUUCAAGGCGAAGCGGCAGGCGGAGAAGGAGGAGGACGAGCACCUCCGCGAGCAGCUCGACGCCGACUUCCGCCAGAUCGCGCAGUCUGACGCGCUGCUCGCGCUCACCCGCGCGCCCAAGGGCGGGAAGGGCGGGAUGGGGAAGGAGAAGGCGGGAGGGGGAGAGGGGAAGGCUGCUGCUGCUGCUGCCCCUGCUGCUGCGUCUGUUGGUGCUACUGCUGGGACGGCUGGUGGCGGUGCUGCUAAGGCGCCGGUUGCUGGGAGCUCGCUGCUGGCUGCAGACGUGGCUGAAGAGGAGAUGGACGACAAGCAGUACGACGUGUUGGCGAGGGAGAUGGUGUUUGACAUCCGCGCCAAGCCCGGGGAGCGCACCAAGACAGCAGAGGAGGCGGCAGAGGCGGAGAGGGCGCGACUGGUGAAGCUUGAGGCUGCAAGGAAGCGGCGUAUGGAUGGGGAACCUAGUGACGACGAGGAGGAGGGAGAGGAAGGGGAGGAUGGGUCUAGUGAGGAGGAGGGCGGGAAGGGGAGGAAGAGGCGGCAGAGGAAGAAGGUCAAACGGGAGAUCUCUGGGGACGAUUUGGGGGAGAAUUUUGUGUUAGAGGCAGAUGAGGAGGACGAGGAGGAGAAGAAGGGGUGGGUUUAUGAUCUGUUGGGUCAGAAGGAGGAGGAGAGUGAGGAUGAGAGUGGGAGUGAGGGGGAAGAGGAGGAGGAGGAGGAGGAGGAUGAGGCGGAGAAUUUAGCUGACGUGGAUUGGGAGCAGAGUGACGAGGAGAUUGGAGUGGAGAGGGUGAAGGGUAAGCGAGGGUCUGUGAGGGAUGGGGCGGUGAAGCAAGGAGAGGAGGAGAGUGAGGAGGAGGAGGAAGGAGAGGAGAGGGAAGAAGGGGAGGAAAGUGAUGAGGAGGAAGAAGCAGAGGAGGAGAAAGUGCAGGAGAAUCAGAAACAGGAGGGGAGAAAGGCAGCAGCAGCAGCAGCAGAGCAGGAGGAGCAGGAGGAGGAAGAUGAGGAGGAGGAGGAGGACGAGGAGGAAGAAGAGGAGGAGAAUGAGCGCAUAGAGAGGGUGUUUCGACGGCGCGAGCUGCCAUACGUGAUAGAGGCGCCACAGCAGCUUAAAGACCUGCAGCGGCUUCUAGAGGGGCGCGCAGCAGCAGAGGUGGGCGUGGCAAUCGCGCGCAUCCGCGCGUGCAACGCGGCGCACCUGUCCCCAGACAACAAGCGCAAGAUGCAGAUCUUUUAUAACGUGCUCCUGCAGUACUUCGCGUCGCUGGCUAGUGAUAGUGGUGGCGGUGGUGUGUCUCAGCGGGUGGAGGAGGAGGAUCAGCCGGGGAAGAAGCAGAAGCAACUGCAUGAGCAGCAGCAGAAACAGCAAGGGAGCAGGCAGCAGGUGAAGCCGCAAGGGGGGAGGAAGGUGGAGGAGGGGAAACAGGAAGGUGAAGAGCAAGAGGAGGAGGAGGAGGCGACGAGUGAGCUGCAAAAGAGGGCGCCAUCAGUGGCAGCGGCGCACAUCAACGCGUUGGUGCAGCCGCUCGUGGAGCUCUCCGCGUCCUUCCCGCUCUUUGCUGCCGUCUGCGCCCGCGAACGGCUCGCCCGCAUGCAGAAACGCCUUGUGGCGCGACUCAAGGCCGGAGAGCCAGCAUGGCCCACGGCGCGCACACUCCUCCUGCUCCGUCUGUGGGCGCUCAUCUUCCCCUCCUCUGACUUCCGUCAUCCCGUCAUGACGCCCGUCUCGCUGCUGCUCGGCCAGUUCCUCUCCUGCUGCCCCGUGCGGUCGACAAAGGACGUGGCUGCGGGGCUGUUUAUAUCUGCACUGCUCCUCAAUAUGGUGUCGCAAAGCCGUCGCUUUGUCCCAGAGGCACUCAACUUCCUGCAUGCGCUGCUGUGGAGCGCCGUUGCUCCCGCGCUCAAACCUCUCAAGCCCAAGGGCGUACCGCGCUACAUGCUGCUGCAGGUGUGCUCGCAGCAGUGGCUGUGGGCGCCGUGUGGCGAUGGCAGCAACCACCGCAAGCGCAAACGCGAGCCGCUGGAGGACCAACCCCAGGCGCUCGACUUCGACCGCAUCUUCCUCGGACCUUCCUGCCCUUCCAACACCCCCAGCACCGCUGAGACUACCACCAGCACCACUGCUAACCCCUUCGUUUCCAAGGCUUCGCCCUCUGCUUCUCCUGCUGCUCCUCCCACCCUGCUGGGUGUGGAGGGCAGUGCAGCAGGGACCGUGGCAGAGGCUUACUUUGGAUCCGACGUCUUCAGGCUGAGUCUGCUGCUGGCAGUGCUCAAGACCCUCCGCUCCUUUGCGCUGCUCUACCGCCCCAUGCAGCCCUUCCCCGAGAUUUUCGCGCCCUUCCUGCCCACGCUCGCUGCCCUAGCGGAGUCCGGGCAGCUGCCCGAAGAAAUCGAGCAGGAGCGGGCAGCGUGGGUGAAGGAUAUCGAGGGGGCGGUGGCGGAGGUUGAAGGUUCCAGGCAACCGCUGCGGCUGAGGGUGAAGAGAGCAGUACCUGCGAAGCAGUUCAACCCCAAGUUCGAAUCUGAUUUUGCGCGUGGCAAGGACUACGAUCCGAACAGGGAGCGCGCGGAGCAGCGGCGGCUGCAGCGGGCGAUCAAGAGGGAGGCACGAGGCGCGGCCCGAGAGUUACGCAAGGACAACCAGUUCCUCGCUGCUGCGCGCGCUAAUGAAGCUGCGAAUGCGUUGGAGGAGCGGCGGGAGAAGAAUCAACGGGCCAUGGCGUUUAUGGAGCAGCAGGCGCACCUCAUGUGGUCGGGGCAGCUGGGAAGGAAGAGGGGCGGCAUGAGCAGCGGGAAGGGCAGGCGUUAG